UUCCGGUUGAAACAGCCGAAAGAAGGGAAGAAAAGCGGCGGAGGCGAAGAAGAAGGGGGAUCGGCGAAACAUUUUAGGAGAGAAAACUGCCGGCGUAGCCAUGCAGGGGAAGCCGAGGAAAGUAAGGAAGGAAGAGGUCGUUACUCGAGAGUAUAACAUAAACCUCCACAAGCGCCUCCAUGGCUGUACCUUCAAGAAGAAGGCACCAAAGGCAAUCAAGGAGAUAAGGAAGUUUGCACAGAAGGCCAUGGGAACAACUGACGUGAGAGUCGACGUGAAGCUAAACAAGCAGAUUUGGAGCCGAGGCAUCAGGAGCGUACCGAGGAGGGUUCGCGUUCGCAUUGCACGGAAGAGGAACGACGAGGAAGAUGCCAAGGAAGAGUUCUACUCUCUUGUCACCGUCGCCGAAAUCCCUGCAGAGGGAUUGAAGGGUUUGGGCACCAAGGUCAUUGAGGAGGACGAAUGAGUGUAGAGUAUUUAAGCCAGCGACUUCUUUUUUGUUACCUGUUUAGUUUGAGGUACUUCAGUUUUGGUUUUAAAUUGUCAAAUUUAGUUCACUAAUCUUUGUUGGGUUUUGUUUUGGGAUAUCUCCACCACCAACUUAUU